CACCACCUUUCUUUGACCACCGCCACCGCCACCGCCACCCUCCUCCGCCGCCGCAUGUAAACAACUCCAGAAAACGAUACUUUUACUGGCCCAGAUCUUCCAGCUCCCUUCCUUCCAAAAACAGCAUCCCCUUAUGCGGGACCCACAUUUCCGAUGAGGAUAUAAAAACCCCUCCCUCACAUUUCAAGAUCAAUUCCAACCCUACGUUUUUACAUAAUACCUACAUACAUACUACAUUUCUUUCUCUUCUCUAUACACACACACAUCUCUCUCUCUCUCUCUCUCUCUCUCUAUAUAUAUAUAUAUAUAUAUCAGCAAGAGCCUUACACCACUCUUUCUCUCUCCGCAGCCGUUUGCUUCUACAAAAUUCCUUGUUUUUUUUUUCUUCUUCCAAAAGCGUUUUUUGCAUUUCUUCGUUAUUGGUUUCUGUAUUGGGUUAAUCUUUGAGACCCAUUAGUUUAUUGCACUUUUCUUCAUCUGGGUGCAUCAAAUUCCGAAUCUUUUGCCGGAUUCUUUUCUGGGUUUUGUUUUGAUUUGAUUUCAAUCGGUUUGUUUGAUUUGUGAUUUGGGGGAGUGAGUGGGAUUCGCAUUGUUUUGGGGUUCUGUCAAUGGGCGCUUUGGACGAGGGGCACUUCAAUGUGGAGCUAGAAGAGAGCGGAGUCAAUAUUGAGCUGGGUUUUGAGGAAGAGCCAGAGACCGUGGCGGCCAUUGAGGAUGCUGUGAAAUCCCUGUUGCAAGGUUUGGGUGAAGAUAUCAAUCGUGAAGGUCUCCGAAGGACACCACUUCGCGUUGCCAAGGCCCUUCGAGAAGGAACCGGAGGUUACCGACAAAAGGUGAAAGAUAUUGUCCAAGGCGCAUUAUUCCCUGAAGUAGGAUUGGAAAGCGGAAUUGGUCAUGCUGGAGGAGUGGGUGGGCUUGUGAUUGUUCGAGAUCUUGAUCUCUUCUCAUACUGUGAGUCUUGCUUGCUUCCAUUCCAGGUCAAGUGUCAUGUUGGGUAUGUCCCAUCUGGGCAGCGUGUUGUAGGCCUAAGUAAGCUCUCUCGAGUGGCUGACAUAUUUGCCAAACGACUACAAGACCCACAGCGCCUAGCAGAUGAAGUGUGCUCAGCUUUGCAGCAUGGAAUCAAGCCAACAGGUGUUGCUGUCAUUCUACAAUGCUUGCAUGUUCAUUUCCCAAAUUUCGAAUCAGUGUAUCUUGAAUCAUCAAAUCACCAUGGAUGGGUAAAAGUGCUGGUUACUUCAGGUUCAGGAGUUUUUGAAAAUGAGAAUUCUGAUAUUUGGGGUGAUUUUCUGAGUCUUCUAAAAUUCAGAGGCAUUAACGUUGAGAAAGCGCAUCCCAGAGAUUCUUCCACAAAAUGUUGGUGCCCGUCUCAAGCUACCUCAAAAACAGGACCAGCCAAUUCAGGAAUGGUUGCUGCAGUAGCUGCAAUUCUUCGGUCUUUGGGUGAAGACCCAUCAAGGAAGGAGCUUUUAGGAACUCCUACUCGCUUCGUAAAGUGGCUGAUGAAUUUUAAAAAUUCUAAUUUGGAGAUGAAACUGAAUGGGCUUGUUCUUGGUCGAAUUGAUACUCUUAAAUCCAUUGGUGAACACAUCAAUUCUGAGCUAAACUUGUCAUUCUGGUCCCAGUGUGAACAUCAUCUACUUCCGUUUCACGGUGUUGUGCAUAUAGGAUACAUCUGUAGUGAAGGAGUCAAUCCAAUUCGAAAGCCUCUCUUACAGUCAAUAGUGCAUUUCCACGGUUUCAAGCUCCAAGUACAGGAAAGGCUCACAAGGCAAAUAGCCGAGACGGUUUCAUCACUACUUGGUGGAGAUGUAAUGGUGGUGGUAGAGGCUAACCAUACUUGUAUGAUCUCUAGAGGGAUUGAGAAGUUUGGAAGUAGUACUGCCACAGUUGCUGUCUUGGGUCGCUUUUCAACUGACCCUGCCGCGAGGGCAAAAUUUUUGCAGAGCAUUCCAAACUCUACUACUUCUGGAGGAUGAUGAACUCUAAUCCAAGGACCGCUUAUGUAUUAUUUUUUCUCUGGCAAAUUUGCCAGUCUUUUUCAAUUCCUUUCUUCAUCUCUUUGGCCAUCUGUUGUGGCUGGCUGAGACAAUUCGGAAGAUCUCACUGUGACUUUAAGAAAUGUGGGUCUUGCUCAUAGUUUUUCUUGGUGGCAAAAGUGUUCCAAUUGAGUCAGAAAAGGUAUGAUAGUUGGAAUCCAGAUCCUCGGCCGCCCUACCCGGCAGCCCCCCAAAACGACGUCGUUUUGGAGGGUUUUUUGUUUUUGUUUUUUUUUUUUCUUUUCUUCUUCUUCGUUCUUGAUUUCUCUCUCUUCUUCGCAGAACCAGAGGGGAGGGGAGGGGAGGGGAGGGAGGAAGGAGGAAGAGAGAGAGGAAGGGGAGGGGAGGUCGUCGAGCUCGCCAGCCGGAUUCGCCGAAGACUCGCCGUCGCAGGUCCGAUCGUCGCCCGACCGCCGUCGCCUCCGCCUCCGCCCCGCCUCCGCCUCCUCCUCCUCCUUCCCCACUGGUUAUGGCCCCCUCAUUCCCUUCCUCCUCCUCCCUCCUCCUUCCUCCCCCGUCCUCUCCUUCCUCCCUCUCUUCCUCUGCGUUUUUUUUUUUUUUUAAAAUUCGCCCCCAAAACGACGUCGUUUUGGGGGCUGCCGGGUAGGGCGGCCGAGAAUCCGGACUCAUGAUAGUUGAGGGGUUUUCAUUUUAUUUAUUAUUUAUUUAUUUUCCAUCCUCUACUUUAAUGUCUGUAGCAUAAAGGUCUUCUUUGCCAACAUAAUUGGCAGUGAUGAUAUAUAUAUAUAUAUUUGACACUGACACUAUUGAAGUUUCUCAUAUGUUGUGCCUUACUGCUAGAAAUUUAUUACACGGAUCAAUUUUAUUA